GAAGGGUUAGGACUGAGCAUUAUAGGAAUGGGUGUUGGCGCUGAUGCAGGUUUGGAAAAACUUGGAAUCUUCAUCAAGACGUUAACCAGUGGAGGUGCUGCUGAACGAGAUGGCAGGAUCCAGGUCAAUGAUCAGAUCAUAGAGGUCGAUGGAAAUAGUCUCGUUGGUGUAACUCAAUCUUAUGCUGCCACCAUAUUAAGAAAUACAUCGGGUCUUGUCAAGUUUGUGAUCGGCCGAGAAAAG